CUUUAAUCUAUUUAAGGCGCUGGAGCUUACUUAUUUGUCCAUUUGAUUCAGUCCAAUCCUCAAUAAUUCGGUCAGACUUUUCGAUAUCCUCGAGCUCUAGAACGCCCCUGGCCCCGAUAACCUUGUACACCUCUACAAUACCUUCCACCGCCCUCUCACAGACCACCCAAGAAAUGGACACCAUCCAAGGACAGAAGGAGGCUGUUGCAACCUUCCGAAAGCAAUUUAAAAGUGCUCCCUGGAUCCCCAUAUCCACGAUGCAGGCUCAAUCGUUCCGUGAAAGGCCCCUGAAGGGACCGAUCCUAGUCAGCAAGAUCGAGAUUCCUCGUCCUGAUCAGGAGGAGGGAGAGGCUUUACGCAGCCAGGUGUGGGACCUCUACAAAGCAAAGAGCAGAGGCGGAGAGAAGCUCGACCCCCCAGCACCAUGCGCAAGCUACAAGGGUGAAUGGAUUGGAGUGAUGAAGGAUGGAAAUGCUCCGUCGCCAGAUAUGAGCGAACACGAAAGGUUCAAGGCAAUCGAGCAGAAUAGCCCAAGCGACGUGACGCUGUUCUAUCUGUCAGGGGGUGCCUGGUUUCGAGCCGGCCCACCUGGCGCUCGCCCACUGAUCAAACAACUCUGCGACCGAAGCGGAUCGCGUGUCUUCACCUUCCAGUAUCGUCUCGUUCCACAGUAUACCCUGCCGACUCUCCUGCUCGAUGUCCUCGUCGCUUAUCUUUACCUUCUCUCCCCUCCACCCGGGUCAUUCCACAAACCCAUAGACCCAGAAAAGUUGAUCCUUGUCGGAGAAUCCGGCGGCACGGACCUCCAUCUCUACCUCCUUCAAUUCCUCCAAUCUCUUCUCCGCUCUUCAAAUCUAACCAUCCGGUUCAAUAAUCGGGACGUCCAGAUCGCAAUGCCAAAAGGUUGCGCAUUUAUCAGUCCCGGCUGCGACAUGGCAUUAUCUCUUCCCUCUGUGAAGAAAUUCGAACCAUACGAUUGGUUAUCCGGAGGCGCGCCUUGGCUUCAACCAAAUUUCCCGGCUGAUGGUAUCUGGCCGUCCAACCCCCCAAGAGGCGAUCUUCACUGCGAUAAUUCCGCGCUUUGUCACCCACUGGUCGAUCCCUCGACCUGGACGGAUUGGACGGGUAUGCCGCCGGUGUGGAUUGCAGCUGGGGACGAGACGUAUGCCGAUGGAAUCAAGUUCCUGGUGAAGAAUCUUGAAGCGUCGGGGGUGUCUGUGACAUUUGUGCAGUAUGAGCAUAUGCCGCAUGUUUGGAACGUGGUGAUGCCUUUCCUGCCGCAGAGUAAACAUGUGAUGAAGUUGUGGGGGGAGGCUUGUAAGGGUUUUGCGGAAAGCAGCGCACCGAAUUCGGCGGCUUACUACGUUAAGCUUGGGAAGUUGGAGACGGUCCCGAUUGAUAUCAAACAGGUGUUGGAUAUUCCCAAUGUUGAGGUUUUGAGGAGAAUGACCACGGCUAAGAAUGAACUGGCGAAGUUCGUAUGGAAGGGACCGGCGACCGGAUACGCAAAGCUGUGAUAUUUAUAUAAAUACUCUCGACAACAGAUUCCUCAAUGCCCACAAACAUAUCCAACCCCAUCUAAACAAUCGGCUCCCUCGCCUCAAAAAUCAACACCGACCCCACAAUCUCACAUUUCACAUCCUUAAAAUUCUCCCGUAAAGCAUCAACAAACACCUCCGGCCGAUCAUCAUAAUUAUCCAACCAUUUCCAAUUCAACCAGCGCAGAAACCCCCUUCCCAGGAAUGAAUGCCAGGCUCCACGGCCGAGGAUCGUAGCGCCGAAAAUAACCCCAGAGGGUGCGAUGGCUGGCUUCAGCUUCUCGAAGACACUGGCUUUGGUUGCUGUUGAAGCGGGGAGAGUGUGCAGGAGG